GCCUGGGCACUUCCUUCAUAACUAUUCUUGUCCGCUGUCACUCAAAUCAAGCCAGAAGCCUGUGACAAGUCAAGAGUGUGUUUACUUGGGCGUCAUGGAUGAUCUUCUGCCCUCCAUGCUUGGGGACGAUCCACACAUGAUGGCCGAGCCAGCAAUCCGGAUCUUCGAGCAGCCCAAGCGAAAAGGAAUGCGCUUCCGGUACGAGUGUGAGGGUCGCUCGGCCGGCAGCAUCCUCGGAGAGAAGAGUACAGACAACAACAGAACCUACCCCAGUCUGCAGAUUCUCAAUUACUGCGGCAAGGGUAAAGUGUGUGUUUAUUUGGUGACAAAGAGCGAGCCAUACAGGCCACAUCCGCAUGGCCUGGUGGGCAAGGACUGCAAAGACGGCUACUACGAGGCCGAGUUCGGGCCGGAUCGCAAAGUGAUCGCUUUCCAGAAUCUGGGCAUCCGGUGUGUGAAGAAGAAGGAAGUGAAAGAUGCCAUUAUCGAGAGGAUUAGCAGAGGGAUCAACCCAUUCAAUGUGCCACGAGAGCAGCUGCUGCAGACAGACGAGUAUGACCUCAACGUGGUCCGCUUGUGUAUACAGGUUUUCCUGCAGGAUGAGACCAGCCACUACACCCGAGUGCUAAACCCCGUGGUCAGCAACCCCAUCUAUGACAACAGAGCUUCGAAAACUGCAGAGCUGAAGAUCUGUCGGGUCAACAGCAACAGUGGCUCAGUGAAGGGAGGAGAUGAGAUCUUCCUGCUUUGUGAUAAAGUGCAAAAAGAUGACAUCGAAGUGCGAUUUUUCUCCUCUGAUGGCUGGGAGGCCAAAGGCUCAUUCUCCCAAGCCGAUGUUCAUCGGCAAGUGGCCAUUGUAUUUAAGACACCACCUUUCUAUAACACCGCUAUAACGGAGACAGUCACGGUGCACAUGCAGCUGCGCCGACCGUCUGAUCAGGAAGUCAGCGAACCACUGGAUUUCCGAUAUCUUCCUGAUGACAAAGACCCCUACGGCUAUAAUAGAAAAAAGCGCAGUAGAGAGAACUUAAUGAAGAUGUCGGGAUUGUCAGCUGUUCCAUUUUCUGGUUUGGCUAUGAGCAGACAAAGGGCAGUGCCACAUAACAGGAAUCACAUGCAGAAAGACAUGUACCUGAGGCAGCCUUCACCUUCAAUGCAGCAGCAACCUGCUGUGUUCAACCAACCGUACCACGCAAAUGUUCCAGUCAGCAAUUCCUGGACAAAUCCCAAUGCAGUCCUCCCAAUGGAUACUGUCACCAUCAAUCCUUCUAAUGCCAUGACCGACCUGUCACAUCCCAAGAACAAUCGGCCACAUCAUCAAAACCGUGGCUCUGGUUACUCUUGUGAAAGCAAUGUGCUCCCUCAGCUCUCCAUGAGGGACUUGCAGUGCUUGGAUGCGGUUCCUCAAGCUGCUGUGAUGACCCAGCCCGAGACCCACUCACUCUUCCACUUGCAUCGCCAGAGAGAAGAACAGGCCGCUGAUAACCCGGGCCAGAACCACCUAGGGAGCCAGAACCAGGGGCUCCAAUCUCUGUGGAACAAUUUUAGUACCGUCAGUCCGAUGCAGAAGACCUUUGAUGGCUCCGUACCCGGUGGAGAAGGGAGAGCUCUGGUGAUAGGAUCUUUCCCACUUUUGGAGGGAAUGGAAAAGAAUGAAUUUUUAAAGGGCCAAGUUGGGGGAGGGUCUCAGACUGGUUUCCCGCUGAAGCAGGAGCCCCAGAUUCAGGUGGGACCAGAGCCCAACAUACCUGUCAUGACAUUCCCAGGAGAAAGCCAAGGCAACACAUACACCAACCUGCUUCCUCGGCCUGUGGACAAUGGCAUGAAUGUUUCACGGCAAGACGCUGGUGGAAAAACCCACCCUUCUGAUCCAAAUGUUAAAACUCCUUACUCAAGUAACCACAUGUCUUCCGAGACUCACUUUCGAACUUUGGCAGACUGGUUAAGAGCCGAGACCGUCAUUCCUUGUAGUCAAAACAGUAACUACAAGGAGUGACAUCAACAGAACAAGCUCAGAUCCAAGGAGUUCAUGUUGUGUCUCAUUUAACAUUGACUCACAGAAGAGAAACAUUCCUCAUUGUUCUGGUCCCUAGCUGGCUAAAUGGGCAUUUGCUUUGGCUUGAGUGGAUUCAGUCAGUUGGAGAACCAGAUCAACGCUGUAGUCCAUAUGUGUUAAACUCAGGCCCAAUUGCAUUCAGCAUGCGGAACUGUUUGGAAAAUAGCACUGAGUUGGCCCGCAAUGAUCAAGUCAUGAAGCAAUUCUUCUGAUAUCAACUACUCUUAGAAAAGUUAGUGGCCACAGUAUUAUAUAUAGCACAAACCGCACAACCAUUUUUACUAAGGGUGCAAGAUUCAGACUCAGACAAGAAUUUAACUCUACUGGUUCUGUCCGGUUUGGUCCGCUACAUAAAAGCGUCAUGGAGCUUUGGCCCCCUGUGCGAUUGACGCCCCUUUCAUUAAUUGAUUUUCUGUCACUUGUCCUCACUAGCGUUGCAGAGGUAUGCUGAAGCCUAUCCCAGCCGACUUUGGGCGAGAGGCCGGGAACACCCAGGAGUGGUCGCCACCCAAUCGCAGGGCCCAACAAAGACUAGAGGGGACAAUUCUACAAGGCAAAAACUAAAUUUCCUGAAAGUAAAAGUCCCAUUUUAAGCAACCAUUUCUUAUUUUUUUCCCAAAAAAGAAAAAAUAUAUUGUCUAGCGAUUUUCACUUGAGAUAAAUGAUCUUAUAUUAAAGUAAAGCUUGCCAAUUCUUGUGAAGAUAUUUUUUUGCCAGAAAUUCGUUUUUUUUUUCUAGUAACAAACUAAAAACUUAAUUUAGAUUAUUCUUCAGCAACAGAUUAAUAUAUAUUUGCCUUAAAUUAAGAGAAAAAACUACUUACCUAAGUUUAUUUUGUAAAUUUAUGAACGGCCACACACAGAAAAUAUAUCAAAAGAUUUGCUGAUUUUGGAACAACACUGCAAUUUUUAUUUGAUAGAAAUAAUCUUAUAUUAAGAUAGUAUAGCUAGCCAAUUUUUAUGAAAAUAUUUUUUGCCAGUAAUAAGUAAUAAGCUAAAAACCGUAUUUUGAUUAUUCUUUAACAACAGAUUAAGAAUGUUUGUCUUAAAUUAAGAAUUAAGAUGGUUUUUAAACUUUCUAAAUCUAAUAAUGGACUCACACACAUAAAGAUUUGCUAAUUUCGGACCAAUGUGAAGGCUGCACAGCAAAUUUCAUAGAGCGUACCAAGAUCUAUUAAAUUAAAUCUAGUCCUAAAAUCAGUGUAAAUGUGUAAAAUUAUUCAACUUGAUUCAAGACAAUAUUACUCUCUUUUCAUGUAGCUUAUAAAUGUAAAGACUAGUGAAUUUCCAUGCAAAUCGUGCCAAAAAAGAAUUCUGAUAGUGUUUAUGACAAUAGGUUUUCUUAAAUUAAGUGAAUCUGAGAUACAAUCAUACUCUUUUUAAAUAAAAAAAGCUCCAUCCGUAUAAUUCGCUUCAUGCUUGUUGAAAACAGGUAACCAACAGAACUAAGAUGGCCACACGAAACAUGAUAAUGGAAGAUAAUCCAUGACCAGAUGGAAUCGGAGUCACGGUGUAGCCUUUAGCCUGGUCGUCAGGCUAGAAAAGGAAUUUCUCUUAGCCUCGUCUACGUAAUCCACACUGCUUGCCUGUUGGAAUUCCAGCUACGACUUACCAUCAUAUAUUAACUUGUGUUCACCUCGCUAGUACUGACGUAGCCAAACAAACCUUUGCGUCUCACAGCUGAGCACACAACUAUAGUGCGUUCACGGACUGCCAGACAAAGUGCGAAAUCUCACCCCUUGAUGAAAAAACAUUAUCAGUGAAGUAUAAAGAGAUGAACAUGUAAACAUUGGGGGGGGUUAAACAGUACCUGUGCUAUCACAUAUUUAUAAAUGAUCGACUUAGGGUGUAUGAGAUGUGUUUUCUGUGGGAAAAGAACAACCUAUUUUGAAAGAAUUUUGUAUUUUUAACAGUUAAUUGACCAAGAAACUGUGAAUUUGCAGGGAUCCACUGUAGCAUAUGUUUUCAUUUAAACAGCACUUGUUGUACAUACGUGUUAGCCACAGUUCAGAGCUUGCUCAUGAAUUGACAGGGUACUAAAAUUUCCAUUGAGGAAGUUUGAGGAAGCACAGGAGUUGUAACGUUCCUUAGUAAUGACUAUGUCACACCAGUGAUCAUGAGUUAUUCUUUCAUGUUUUGUAACAAAUGUUUGAUUUAUACGCCUGUAAAUAUGAUAUUGCCUCAUUCAUUGCUUCAUAGGUUGCUAAGAGACGCUUUGAUAGACAUGGCUAAUUAAAUAGCAAGCACCUUGUUAUCUUUAGCCUAGCUCAUGCUAACAUUAUGUUUUCUAUACAUUUAAGGACAAUUGUUAACUACUGUAGUUUGUUUUGCUGGAUUUUUGCCGCAGAAUCAGGUUUGAAUAAACAUUUACUGCAGUAGCUUGUCAUUUACUAGCUCUGGAUGCACAUCAUGAGAAAACAAUUUCUCUGUAAACGCGGUGUCAGACGUCUCCAGAUUGCAGUUAUGCUAAAGCGUAGAGAAAAACCUUGUCAGUCAGAGGUAGAUACGCAGUGCCCUCCAGAAGCACCGAAACAGUGAGGUCAAUUUCUUUAUUUUUGCUGUAGACUGAAAACAUUCGGGUUUGACACCAAAAGAUGAAUAUGAGAGCAGAGAGCAGCAUUUCAGCUUUUAUUUCCAGGUAUUUACAUGCACAGCUUAGAAGAUAGCACCUUUUGUUUGAACCCACCUUUCCCAUUUUCCAUGUGAGCAAAAGUAUUAGAACAUGUGACUGACAGGUGUGUCCUAUUUAUAUUUAUUCAAUCAAAACAUAGCACUGAAUGUCUAUGCUCAGUUUCAGAUUGGGUAGGAUAGGUUUUGCCUCUAUAUACUGCAUUUUGAGGUGAAAACAGCAUGAAAACCAGACAGCUGUCUAUGGAUGACAAUUGAAUCACUCCAUAAAGAAAGAGUUUUUGAGGUUCAUCUCUGUACUUUUUGGCAAAUUCCAGCCUGGCCUUCCUAUUCUCCUUGCCAAUGAGUGUUUUUUGUACUUUUUGUUCAUGAAGUCAUCUAUGAAAAGUAGAUAGUGAUACCUUCCCUCCUGCCCUCUGCUGGUUGUUGUUGAUCUCACUAAGAGUUGUUUUCAGGUAAUUGUUUUUUCCCCACUGAGAGCCGCAUAUCAAUCAUCAAAUCAAACUUUAUGAGGGCCACAUUUAUAUUUAGCAUUUUGUAAACCAACCUGUUUGUUAGAUGUGCUAACAAAGAGCCUACAUCUCAGCUUGUGUAUGACUUUUUUUUUGUGCUGUUUUUCAUUCAUUUUCUGUGCCGCUUAAUCCUCAUUAGGGUCGCGGCGGUAUGCUAGAGCCUAUCCCAGCUGACUUUGGCCGAGUGACGGGGUACGCCCUGGACUGGGCGCCGGCCAAUAGCAGGGCACAUAGAGACAAACAAACUGUUGCCAAUGAACCUAACAUGCAUGUUUUUGGAACCCAGAGGAAACCCACGCACGCACGAGGAGAACAUGCGAAGUCCACACAGAGAUGUCCAAUGGAGAUUAGAACCCAGUAAUAUUGUAAUAUUGUGAAAAUGUUUUCUUGUUUUUGUUAGCUUUCUUGUUUAGUUGUGCUUUUAAAAUGUGUCAAUCACUGCAAAUGACCCCCGAGCCACCCUUUGGACACCCCUGUUUUACACUCUUUCCAGCUCUCACAAUUUUUCUGUCAUCAACUGCUCAUGUUUUUUCUUGGUCUACCUGUUCCACAUCUGAUACUUAGUACAACAAUGGUUUCUUUUUUCUUCAGGACAUUCCAAGUGCUUGUAGUGCCUAUGAGCAAUGUUUGUGCAGUGCGUCUGAGUGAUUUUCCAUCUUCUCGCCAAUUCACAAUUGCAAUUGUUUUUUCAUGUUGUUUUCACCUCUAAAUGCAGUCUACACAGGCAAAACGUAUCCUCCCCAAUGUGAAACUGAGUCUGUGGUAUUUAUUGAUUGAAUAAGUAAUGUAAUGGGACACACCUGGACAACAAAACACAACUGUCAGUCACAUGUUCCAAUACACAGAUGUAAAUACCUGGAAAUAAAAUCUGAAAUGUUGCUUUCUUGUCGCAAUUGACCUCACCGUCCCAAUACUUGUGGAGGGCACUGUAUGUUGAAAUCUCUAAAAUCGACACAAACACUUGAGAACGGCAGCUUUUUCAUUCAUUUGAUAGAAAUACACGAUGUAGUGGUACAUGCUGCUGCACAAGUUGGAUUCUCAUCAGCUGAACUGAUAUCCAUCCGUCAAGCAAUGAAACUUUUACCUUUUGAGAUGACAACAAACCCAUAUGUAGACACAACGUGAAGUCUUCCACCAUGUCGCAAAAGUGACUUACGCAUAGUCACAGUAGACUGACCUCAGCAUGAGCUGACUCAGAGGAAAUGUGUCAUGAUCAUUUACACAUUCACAGAAAAAACACCUAUUUUUGGAAGAAAAAAAAAAAACCUCCACUGUGCCGGGUAGAAAACAUCUCAGGUGGGAUCUCCUUGUCAUGCCAGUCAUGCCAGACCGUCAAGGUUUUACAUUUUUUCUCAUCAGAGAAUAAAACUUUUUUCCACCUUUCAAUGUCCCAUGUUUGAUGCUCCCUGGCAAAGUCUAAACGGGCAGUUUUGUGGCGUUGAAGGAGACAAC